CUCUCUUUCUCUCUCUUCACCGUUUCUGCUCCGAUACGUCGUCGUUUCCGCGCUCCCAUUCGCCACCUCCGAUCCCGGAUAAUCGGAGCCGGAGAAGGAGGAACAAGAACCUUCUAGAACAACUCCAACUACUGUAACCUGUUCACCUCUUAGCGCCAAUGCUGAAUUCGAAUUUCUUCGAGUCGUAAUUACUAAGCUCUCUCUCGCGAUUCCGAAACUGCGACUUCUGAAUCGCCGGUACCGCGAUCCUCCGUCUCCGGCGCCGGAGAUGACUCGCCACGUCACUUAGCUCGCCGACGAUCUCGCCGAAGCAGAGAUUCUCGCUCACUCCAGCUUUCGGCUCAACUUAGAAUUACUUCGAAUUUUUUUACACUUAUAUAUUAGUCUGAAUUUCGUCUUCGUUUUCGUGUUCGGCGUUGUUGGUGUAUAAAACGAUGUCGUCGAAGGUGGUGUACGAAGGGUGGAUGGUUCGUUACGGCCGAAGAAAGAUCGGACGAUCGUUCAUUCAUAUGAGGUACUUUGUGCUCGAGUCGCGCCUCCUCGCUUAUUACAAGAGGAAACCGCAGGAUAAUCAGGUUCCUAUUAAGACACUGCUAAUUGAUGGCAACUGUAGAGUGGAGGAUAGAGGUUUGAAGACCCAUCAUGGACAUAUGGUUUAUGUUUUGUCAGUUUACAACAAGAAAGAAAAGUACCAUCGAAUUACGAUGGCAGCAUUUAACAUCCAAGAAGCACUUAUCUGGAAGGAAAAGAUCGAGUAUGUCAUUGAUCAGCAUCAAGGAGCACAACCAUCAAAUGGUAAUAAGUAUAUUUCUUUUGAAUACAAAUCUGGGAUGGACAAUGGGAAGACAGCUUCUUCUUCAGAUCGAGAAAGCCAGUUCAGUGCUCCAGAGGAUGAAGAUGAGCCUCAUCCAAAUUUGUUAAGGAGGACAACUAUUGGAAAUGGUCCCCCAGAAUCAAUAUUUGACUGGACAAGGGAAAUAGACUCUGAUUUGUCAAAUCAGAAUGUGAACAACCAAGCCUUCUCAAGAAAGCAUUGGCGCCUUUUACAAUGCCAAAACGGACUUCGCAUUUUUGAAGAACUUUUUGAAGAACUUCUUGAAGUUGAUUACCUUCCAAGGAGCUGUAGCAGAGCUAUGAAGGCAGUAGGUGUAGUAGAGGCCACUUGUGAAGAAAUUUUUGAGCUUGUCAUGAGCAUGGAUGGGACGCGGUUUGAAUGGGAUUGCAGCUUUCAAGAGGGUAGAUUAGUUGAGGAGGUUGAUGGGCACACAGCAAUUCUUUAUCACCGACUUCAGCUGGACUGGUUCCCAAUGUUUGUGUGGCCCCGUGAUCUUUGUUAUGUACGUUACUGGCGACGAAAUGAUGAUGGAAGCUAUGUUGUUUUAUUUCGCUCAAGGGAGCAUGAGAACUGUGGUCCACAACCAGGAUGUGUUCGUGCACAUAUUGAGAGUGGUGGAUUUAAUAUUUCCCCGUUAAAACCUCGCAAUGGGAGGCCCAGGACCCAAGUACAGCAUCUUAUGCAGAUAGAUCUGAAGGGAUGGGGUGUGGGCUACGUAUCAUCUUUUCAGCAGCAUUGUCUCCGUCAAAUGUUAAACAGUGUAGCUGGGUUGCGUGAAUGGUUUGCCCAAACAGAUGAAAGAAAUGCCCCCCCACGAAUCCCUGUAAUGGUAAAUAUGUCCUCGACAUCAGUUUCUUCCAAGAAGAGUCAGAAACCAAAUGAAGCUCAUCCCAAUUCUCUUGAUCAAGUUAAUGCUGCAGUAAGAAAUUCUGCCUUGAUGGAUGAAUAUUCUGAUGAAGAUGAAGAUUUUCAAAUCGCAGAAUCUGAGCAAGAGGCUUACCCAUGCGGUCUUGAGAAUGAUAUCAAAAGAACAGUCUUGGAAGAAGAACCAGCAGAUGAAAUUGACUUGUCUUCAUUUUCGGGUAACUUACGUCGUGAUGAUCGGGAUAAUGCUCGUGAUUGCUGGAAAAUUUCUGAUGGAAAUAACUUUAGAGUCAGAAGCAAGCAUUUUUGCUUUGACAAGUCCAAGGUUCCUGCCGGAAAACAUCUGCUGGAUCUUGUUGCUGUUGAUUGGUUCAAGGACUCAAAAAGGAUGGACCAUGUAGCUAAGCGUCAGGGUUGUGCAGCACAAGUUGCAUCAGAAAAAGGGUUUUUCUCCAUUAUCUUUAAUCUUCAAGUGCCUGGAUCAACACACUAUAGUAUGGUAUUCUAUUUUGUGACAAAGGAAUUAGUUCCUGGAUCCCUCUUGCAACGCUUUGUUGAUGGUGACGAUGAAUUCCGAAAUAGCAGGUUGAAGCUCAUUCCAUCAGUCCCCAAGGGCUCGUGGAUUGUGCGCCAGAGUGUUGGUAGUACUCCUUGUCUACUGGGAAAGGCAGUUGAUUGCAACUAUAUUCGUGGUGCUAAGUAUUUAGAAAUUGAUGUUGAUAUUGGUUCUUCCACUGUUGCUAAUGGAGUUUUGGGGCUGGUUGUUGGUGUGAUUACAACGUUGGUGGUUGAUAUGGCUUUCCUUGUACAGGCAAAUACUCCUGAUGAGUUGCCGGAGAGGCUUAUUGGAGCUGUUCGUAUCUCUCAUCUAGAACUCAAAUCUGCCAUUGUGCCAAAACUUGAUCCGGAUCCAUCAUAAGUCGUCUCUAUUGUUCCUUCAUACC